GUGUCCGAUUUAAUAAUUAAAUCCUGAUGAUCUAUUUAAUUUUACUCUUAAUGUUUCUCGUUAAUUUAUCAUCUUUAUCUUCCAUUAAUCCAAUAUAAUCUUCCCGCUUCACUCAUCCAUCAUAUUCCAUAUUUUCUAAUGUAUUUAAGUGACUAAAUAUUUUUGUUUUCUUUUUUGGUUAAUCUCCAAAUCUUAAAUAACCAUUUUCUCUUGUAUAAAGUGUUUAUCAUUUACUCCUGAAAGAUGGAUAAAAUUGUACCUUUACCUCCUAUUAAUAAUUAUAAAUUGACUGAUUCUAUAGGUAAUUUAACACCAUCAGCUGCUAGUUUGGUUAAUAUAAAUAAAAAUGGUUCAGGCCACGGGAUUUUGGCUUAUACUCCGAUUUUCCUUCAAACUGGAACAGCUCAAACAAUUGCUGGUUGUUUUGUUUGGUUAGCUCUACUUAUCUCUUGUCAUCAGAUUUAUCAACAUCUUCGUAUCUAUACAAUGCCAUCAGAACAGAGAUACAUUGUCCGAAUAUUAUUUAUUGUACCUAUUUAUGGUUUUGAUUGUUGGUUAAGUUUACUCUUCUUCAAGGACAAUUAUUAUGUCUACUUUGAUUCAAUUCGUGAUUGGUAUGAAGCUUUUGUGAUUUACAAUUUCUUGGCUUUAUGUUAUGAAUAUCUUGGUGGUGAAUGUAACAUUAUGUCAGAGAUCAGAGGUCGACCGAUCAAAUCAAGUUGGUGGUAUGGUACCUGUUGUUUAGCAGGUAAAACAUAUACCAUUGGAUUCCUGAGAUUCUGUAAACAAGCAACACUACAAUUUUGCGCCAUCAAACCGAUAAUGUCAGUGGUUACACUGAUUCUCCAAUCAGUUGGAAAAUAUCGUGAUGGCGAUUGGAGUGCCGAUAGUGGUUACCUUUAUGUUACCCUGAUCUACAAUUUCAGUGUCUCUUUGGCCCUUUACAGUUUAAUCUUGUUCUAUCAAGCCACCAAAGAUCUUCUCUCCCCCUAUGAUCCCAUAUGGAAAUUUUUCACCGUUAAAUCUGUAAUUUUCCUCUCUUUCUGGCAAGGGGUUAUUCUUGCUGUUCUCGAAAAGGCUGAUCUAUUACCCGAAUUUUAUUCUAGUGGCACUAAGGCGAGUACUGGUACCGUUUCUGCAGGUUAUCAGAAUUUCUUGAUAUGCGUUGAGAUGUUUUUCGCUUCAUUGGCUCUUCGUUACGCUUUCCCUUAUCGAAUCUAUGGCGAUUGUUCCGGUGAUGGUAAUGUGAGAUCUGUAACCAUGCAGAGUAUUUCUAGUAGUCUGAAAGAAACCAUGAAUCCAAAAGAUAUCAUGAAUGAUGCUAUUCACAACUUUCAUCCUCAGUAUCAACAAUAUACUCAAUAUCAUUCACCAACACCCUCAAAGUCACCCGGUGAGGAAGGAGUUGGUAGUAGCGGCAGUGGAAAAGUAUCUGGAAGCCAUCAUAGCGGUGGAGGAUCAACUAGUGGACAUAAUAAGGCAACUGUCGGAGAAGCUCAUGAUCAACGAAUGGAAUCUCAUCAACAAAAGCAGCAUAAAAGUGAUCAUUCAGGCGGAAUAGUUAAUCUUGGUGUAUCAAUUGAAUCGGAAGAUGCAUUAGCCUCAUCAGGAUCAGCCAUGGGAGGAGCUGCUACAUCAUCCAACAGCGCCGGUGGAUCAGCAUCAUCUUCACAAAGUAAAAAGUCCCCCUCACCCCCAUGGCCAUUGCAAACAAUCAGUCAAAAUUACUCUGAAAAAACUACUUUGCUCAACUCAGAUGAUGAGUUCCAAUAGAAAGUAGUUCCAUUCCUGUGUAUCAUUUUUGUAUUCUCUCUCUCUCUCUCUUUCUUUCUUUCUUUCUUUCUUUAUCCUUUUAUCACUUUCACCAUUAUCCUGAUGAGAUUAAAAACAAAGCGAGAGAAAUGAAAUUUCAUCCACCGUCAUCAUCAUCAUCAUCAUCAUCCUCACCAUGUUUCAACCUUUCAAAGAAUGGAUCUGAUUGAGCAACAAAUAAUCAAAUCGAAAGGAAAAAAAUUAUUGAAUCAAAAAGAAAGGAUUGAAAAUACUUUUCAUGAUUAACUCAAUUGUUCUAUGAAUUAUCGAUGUGUCCCCAUGAGAAAAGACAAGAGAAAACAAAACACUGUGUUGCAGCUAAACACUCAAGAGAAUCUACAAUUUGGUGUGACCGGUGAAAAUCUCUUCCUCUUCCCGUUCAAUAAGAAUCUAACAAAAUCCAUUCUUGAAAUUACCAUGAAUUCUUGUCUCUUGUUAUUUACAAUUCGUGCAAAAUUAACUUAAAAAUGAAAAUAAAAAUCUCCAAAUCAAAUUAAACCUAAACAAAAA